AAGAAAGUCAUUCUCAAAGCUUUUCCAAUUUUGCUCUCCCAUGGCGGAGGUUUCAAACAUUCGCCUCCCCCAGGAAGAAGACGAUGGAGAAGUAGUAGAGGAAGUAGAAAUCUCAGAAUCCUCUUCCGUUCCUUUCUGGUUGAACAGAAAUUUCGAUGAUGAAGACUUCUACCCCUCUGAUUCAUUCUCUCCACAGCUCUCUGAUUUCAUAUCCUCAGAUCACUCCCUCCGUUCUCACAUUUUCUCCGAUGAUCGAGACAUCGACGAGAUUCAUGACCACGAACCCUGCCUUUAUUUUGCAGAUGUUGAUGGUUCCUACACUGAUUCCGUCACCGACGUCAAUUACUUCAACAACGAAGAUCAGGUGAAUUUCAUCAUGGAUUUGUGUCAACGACGCGUAGAGCAAUCGCAUGUUGCUGAUAAUAACAAUAGUUAUGCAACUAAUUCGUUCUCUGAAAAUCUAGUAAUCGAAUCGGGUUUUGGGGUUGUUGAGGCUGGGAAUCGUGAAUUGAACACCGAUUACGUGGAGCUAGGAUUAGGUUGGGGUUUCACUGCACAUGGCGAGGGGGAGGAUGAAAAUGAAGGCUUUAUGAUUGACGAGUGCGGGGGCGAGUUCUUUGUGAGCAAUCGGGGUUCUGUCUCUGAAUCGGGCGAGUCUUCCACUCCUCAUGCUGCGGAACCGUUUGUGGAAGGUCUCCGACCGAUUGAGAUUGAAUCCGAUUCGGAUGAGGAGGAGGGAGGAGGUUUGGAGGUUGAUGUGCAUUCCGGUGAUGACGACGAGCUCGAUCGGGUACCGGACGAUCUGGGUCUUCCUCUUUGCUGGGAUUGUCUCCGUUUGGAGGAUCGGAGGGAGGCAAACGAGGAUUUUGAGUGGGAGGAAGUCGACGAGGGGGUCGAUGAGAGGGAGGUUCUGAGCAUGGUUAUUGAUGUCGAUGAGGAGCGAUCGGUUUUGACGGAUGUCCGAACCAGAGAAGAAGAAUUAAGAGAAGGCAGGGAAGAAAACAUUAGAAAUCUGGAGUGGGAAGUUCUUUUGGCCGUCAACAAUCUGGAGAGGAACACAGAAUUGGAUCAUGAGAUUGAAUCCUAUCAUGAUACUGAAUCCUUUCUUGCUGAUGAUUAUAUUUACCCUGCUGAGUAUGAGAUGCUUUUUGGGCAGUUCACAGGGACCGAAAGUGCACUGAGAGGGAGUCCUCCAGCUGCCAAAUCAGUUGUUGAGAAUCUACCAUCCAUAUUCUUAACCCAAGAUGAUGUAAAGAACAACAAUGUCCUAUGUGCUGUUUGUAAGGACGAUAUCUCCACAGAGGAAGAAGCCAAACGGCUUCCUUGUUCCCACCAUUACCAUGGGGAUUGCAUUAUUCCAUGGCUCAACAUCCGGAACACGUGCCCUGUUUGCCGGUUUGAGUUACCUACGGAUGAUCCUGACCAUGAACGGAGGAGAACCCGAAGGGCUGGUCUGGUGGAUUCUCAGGUCAGGCGUGGUAUUGAAAAUUUUUCUGAGCAGUAGGAUGUGCGAAUGUUGAUACAGUUUUUCUCUUUUCAUUGCUGUUGUUUAUGUUUGUUCUGAGUGAAGUGAUAUAACUGUGCUGUUUUAGCUUGUUAUUUUAGGGUUUUUUUUUAAUUAUCUGUAUUGUCCUCUUAUACAUGGCUAGUUGUACACCAAGAUCCCUUUCAAAUCAAAGUAUAGAUUUUGAAGCUGUU